AUGGACUCCUCCUCCGCCCUACGCCUCUCGCUCCUCGCGUCGUCCAUCCUGAGAUUCGCCGCGCCGUAUCAGCUCCGGGCCGCGCCCGCCUGCGUGCCUGCUGCACGCGCCUCUCCCGCGCUCGGCUUCUUCGACGACCUCAAGAAGGGGUUUGAGGCGGCCGGCGCGAGCAACGCGCCGCCAGCGGAGGAGCCGGAGGGACAGGCGGGCGCUCCGCCGGCGGCUCCCGUGCCGACCUUUCUCGGGGCGCUCAAGAGCGGCCUCGCCGGCCUCGUCAAGGAGCAGACGGAAGAGGAGCGGCUCGCCGAGCGCAUUCGGUCGGGCGAGGGCGUCGUGUGGUCGUGCGACUACUCGCGCGCGUGGCGCGCCGUCAAGGGCAUGCCACAGGACGAGCUCUCCCUCGUGGAGAGCGUCGAGCUCGCCCGCGAGCUCUCGGCCCCGAUUCCGAACGAGGUUGAGGAGGUUUUGGCGGCGAGAGGCGGCGGCUCCCGCUCCUCGCGCGCCGGAGGCUCUCCUCCGCGUAUGGCCCUGCGGUGGCGCGACGAGGAGGAGGCCGUCCCCGCCGCCUUCAGCCGCCGCGCUGCGCUCUUCCUCGCGGCUGGCUCGGCGGCAGGGGCGACGCGGCCGCCGCUCGCGGCGGCGGAAGACGCCGCACCCUCCGAGCGACGCGCGCUCCUCGAGGCGAUUGCAGCUGGCGCCGCUCCCCCUCUCUCCCUCGGCGGGCGCGCCGCGCGCUCGGACGCGCUCGGCGGGACGUGGCGGCUGCUGUGGAGCUACAAGGCCGACAAGUUCUCGCCGCUGCUCGGGCUGCCGCGGCCGGUGCGGCCUGCGUCGCUGCAGCUCUUGGGACCGGCGGCGACGGGCACGGUCGGCGAGGGACGCGUCGCGAACCUGCUGCUCUUCCCGUUUGGCGUGCGGCUGCUGCUCUCCUCGGGAGUGCUGCCCGCCGCCGACGGCCCACCCUCGACCCUCGAGAUCAUGCCGCCCUUCCGGCUCGAGCUCGACGCGGCGGGCCGGCGGCGGCUGCUCGUCGAGGCGGGCUCGGACGCCGACUUUCGCGCGCUCAACGCGCGCGACGCGGAGGCGCAGGCCGCGCCGCGCAACCGCUACGCACAGAGCUAUCUGGAGACGAGCGGGCGGGCGGGCGACCUGCGAGUGUCCACCGUCGUCUCGGGCGACCCCGUCAUCGUCGGUUCCGUCUUUGUCCACGAGCGCGUGAUCUGA